UUUAUACGCCGCAAUUAUCUGGAAACCUCAUUCGAGCCCAGGUUCUUACGCUGUGUCGUGUUUUUCACCCCGCAACUGAAUAGAAAUCUCAUUUUGAGUCCAAUCCGCUCUGAGGCAUUUUAUCAACCACUUAUCGGAACUUCAUUCUGACCGUCUUCAAAUGCACUGAGACCAACGGCCGGAAAACAUGCAGGCGACGAUUGCGUCCCGGUGCUUGAGGAUCGCGAAUCGCGCCGUCUCUUCUCGAUGCUCCAAUCCUGUUCCACAUCCGGCGGCUCUGCGCGCGCCACACGCCGCGCCUCAGCCCCUUCACCACUCCGUCUUUACCGGAGCUCCGAGUCUCCCAAGUCAAUGCCGAAGGCUGUGGACCUCAGCCCGAACGACGUCGUCAGUGCCCAAGAUCAAGGCCUUCCUGUCCGAUUUCCCGUCCUCACCUCCUCAGAAACCAGGUUCGUCGCCAAAUGGGCACACGCUGUUUUCAACCGAUGCAAAUGGUGCACCGAAGCAAGAGCCGGCGAAGCUGGUGAAGAAAGCCGUGUCUACCCAAGGGCCUGUUGCCGACACCAAAAUCAUCGGGACUCUGGCUAAAUACCUGUGGAUGAAAGAUAAUCUUGAGUUUCGGCUUCGAGUCAUUGCUGCCCUGGGCCUUCUGAUUGGCGCCAAAGUGGUGAAUGUUCAGGUGCCAAUCUUGUUUAAGCUCGCUGUUGAUUGGCUAGCAACAGCCACAGGCAAUCCUGGUGCUCUUGCUGAGUUUACAGCUGCUAAUUCUACUUUUCUAGCUCUUUUUGCUACUCCAGUUGCCGUUCUGAUUGGAUAUGGUAUAGCUCGAGCUGGGGCUUCUGCAUUUAAUGAACUACGAACUGCAAUAUUUUCUAAGGUGGCAUUGAGAACGAUUCGGCAAGUUUCACGAGAGAUAUCAAUGGUUUCUGGCAUUCUGGCUUAUAAAUUUGGAUCGCCAUUUGCAUGGAUUACUUCCUUGUCUAUGGCUGCCUAUAUAGCUUUCACAUUGGCUACGACACAGUGGAGAACCAAGUUUAGGAAGGCGAUGAAUAAAGCUGAUAAUGAUGCUAAUACACGUGCAAUUGAUUCUUUAAUCAACUACGAGACUGUCAAGUAUUUCAACAAUGAGACUUUUGAAGCUGAUAAAUACGAUGAGUUCCUUGAGAGAUAUGAAGAUGCUGCAUUAAAGACUCAAAGAAGUCUUGCCUUUUUAAACUUUGGCCAGAGUUUGAUUUUUAGCACAGCUCUAUCAACUGCUAUGGUUUGGUGUUCCAGUGGGAUUAUGAAUGGCAAUAUGACUGUAGGAGACUUGGUCAUGGUAAAUGGGUUACUCUUUCAACUCUCUCUUCCACUCAACUUCCUUGGAAGUGUAUAUAGGGAAACAGUUCAAAGUUUGGUGGACAUGAAGGCCAUGUUCCAAUUACUUGAGGAAAAAUCAGAAAUUGUGGAUGCAGAUGAUGCCCAACCCUUGCAAUUAACUGGGGGCUGCGUUGAAUUCGAGGGCGUCCACUUCAGGUGCACCCCAACUUUUCUGAUGCUUCAAACUUUAGCAAGAUUGGCAAUCAGCAAUAACCUUACAGCUAUUCAUAUGAGUAAGUUGAAAACUGGUCAGAGGAGGGAUGAAAAGGAAGAGAUUUUGCUACUUGAUGCUCAACCUUUCUUCUGCUUAUGCAGUUAUCUGCCAGAAAGGAAAAUUCUUGAUGGUAUAUCAUUUGUUGUGCCAGCUGGGAAAAGUGUGGCUAUUGUUGGAACCAGUGGAAGUGGGAAGUCGACUAUUCUAAGACUGCUUUUCAGAUUCUUUGAUACCCACUCUGGACAUAUUAGAAUAGAUGGUCAAGAUAUUCGGACAGUUACACUUGAGAGCCUUAGGCAGUCCAUUGGCGUUGUUCCGCAAGAUACUGUGCUGUUCAAUGACACUAUAUUCCACAACAUUCACUAUGGUCGUCUUUCAGCUACAGAAGAAGAGGUGUACAGUGCUGCUCGUCAGGCAGCGAUUCAUGACACCAUAAUGAAUUUCCCAGAGAAGUAUCAGACCGUGGUUGGGGAAAGGGGACUUAAGUUAAGUGGCGGUGAAAAGCAACGAGUAGCACUUGCUCGUACAUUCUUGAAAGCACCUCGUAUACUGUUCUGUGAUGAAGCUACAAGUGCGCUUGAUAGCACAACAGAGGCAGAGAUAUUAAAUGCUCUGAAAUCGCUGGCGAAUAAUCGAACUGCAAUAUUUAUUGCCCACCGGCUCACAACAGCCAUGCAGUGUGAUGAGAUCGUAGUUUUGGAGAAUGGGCGAGUGGUGGAACAGGGCCCACAUGAUGUUCUGUUGUCGAAGAUGGGCAGAUAUUCUCAGCUUUGGUCACAGCAGAAUUCAACUGUUGAUGCCCUUGAUGCAGCCAUCGACUCGGAUGCAUGAGUAUGUAUUGUUCGGUUAUAUUACAAUCAUUUUUUUUUUUUCCUUUUCCGUUGACUGAAUGAGAAGGGUAGUUUGCUAAAUGCAUAGUUAUUUGGGGUUUUUCCUGGAGCCAGGUCACCUAAACUUGUGCAGUUAUGGCUGACUUGCAUAGUUACCAUUUAAAAAAUCAAUGUAGCAUUGGAAGGGGUCUUUUUAAUUCUUUGUUGUAAUGAAGUUCUUAUUUCACUCUGAUGAGUUUUUUUCUAUUUUCUUUUUUUUUUUUUUCCUUUUUUUCUUCUUUCU